AUGAUCUGGCUUCUCGGGAUUCUUGAUCAUUUUCUCCUUCUUCUUGCCCACCAUCCAGUUAAUCAACCUCUUCUGCCAGGUCGGUUUCGCCUCAAUGUUGCUCUUAAUACGAUCGAGCAUCUUGUUGAACACACGCGGCACACCGAUGAACACAUCAGGCUUCAGCGCCUUCAUGUCGUCCUGCACGUUGCGAAUAUUGCCCGAGUAGUAACCAAUACGGCCCCGGUUGGUGGGAGUGUAGUGCUCAACGAAACGUUGGUAAACGUGAGACAGAGGCAAAUAGCUGAGCAUGGUGUAUCCGUGGAGGAUGCGCAGGCGGUUGCUGCUGGAGAAGAUACGGUGCGGCAGAGCGGUGAGCGACCGGUUUGUGUGAAUGGCGCCUUUAGGAAUGCCACUCGUGCCGGACGUGUAAAUAAUGGUGGCCACAUGGGUACUCUUGCGCUUCGGAAGGGGCAUUAUGGUCUCCCUGUAUUUGUCGACAAGGUCAUCCAUCAGGAAUGUCUUAAGGCGGAGGGACUUGGCGAGGCGUUCUUCGUCGGCGUUCAAUUUUUCGAACAGGAUCACCCUCUUCAAACUCGGUAUCUUAUCCCGUAA